AUGUUGACUAAAUUGCUUUAGAAAUCAAGAUAAGCACGAUUUUGUGUUUAUAUUAAGAAUUCUGUAAACUAUCAUGUUGCAAAUUCUUAGGAUCCAAAUAGCAAAUUUGCCACUCCUUAAUUCAAUUCAAGCAUUCUUGAUUUUGAUAAAGAUUAGGAGAAUAAUGUUUAGAUGCACUACUAUCAAGGAAAGUUCAUGCCAGAUGAAUUGGAUUGGACAGAUGUUUGGGAAACAGCAUAUCAAAAUUUUACACAACCAGAAUACCUCUACCAUUUUUGGUUUUGCGGUGUCCUUUAUUGUUUCGAGCCUGAAUGGACCAUCAAUUAUCCAUAUGAAAAAGGCCCUCUGUCUCCAUUGUUUAGAGGAGAACAUGCAUUAAGAAGAUAUCCAACAGGAGAGGAGAGAUGCAUAGCAUGCAAAUUAUGCUAAAGUGCUUGUCCAGCUAGAGCUAUAACUAUAGAAACAGAACCAAGGCCUGAUAAUUCAAGACGUACUGUGAGAUACGAUAUUGAUAUGACUAAGUGCAUUUAUUGUGGAUUUUGCCAAGAGGCAUGUCCUGUUGAUGCAAUUGUGGAAGGUCCAAAUUAUGAAUAUACAACCUAUCAACAUGAAGAUUUAUUCUAUGACAAAUUUAAACUUUUGGAAAACGGAGACAAAUGGGAACCUUAAAUUGCAAGAAACAUUGAAUAUUUAAUUACAAGAAAAUAUUGAUUAAAUAAAAUUCAAUAUUCGCAAAUCAAAAGAUAUAAAUACAUAACAAAA